ACGGCGACAUGAUCAACCCCGUGGAAGCGCUUGCCAGUGUGAGCGGUGCAUCGGCACCCGCAAUCCGGCUCAUACUUUCCGUCCUUUUCGCCUAUCCAAUCGGUGCACUGUACCGACAGCUCAAGGGUGGUUCGACGCUGCGAAAUCUCUACAUCGCCACCACCGGUCUAUCGAUCGUGGCGUUCAACUAUGGCACCGACAUCUACCACAGCUUACUGGCCGUUGCGGUUACCUUCCUGUGCAAUGCGUUCCUCGGCAAAAGCAGUCUGCUCGUCCCGGUCAGCUUCGCCUAUCACAUGGGCUACUUGCUUAUCGGCUACUACUACACCACAAGCGACACGUACGACAUCAAAUGGACAAUGCCACACUGUGUGCUUGUGCUGCGUUUGAUCGGGCUCGCCUUUGACCUUUCCGACAGCCGGAAGAAGGAAGUGGAUGGUAAAGCGGACGCGAAAUGUAUCCCAGCACCGUCGCUGCUGGAACUGAUUGCCUUUACCUACUUUCCGGCAACCGUACUCGUGGGGCCCCAGUUUAGCUUUCUGCGCUAUCAACGCUUUGUGGCCGGUGCUUACGAACCGCACACCCAGAAUGCACCAGCCUAUGCAAUGAAGAAAUUCCUGCAAGGAGUGUUCUACCUUGUGGUGAACCAGGUGGGUACGCAGUACGUGUCCGAUGCGUACCUAAUGUCGCCCGAGUACGAACAGGAAUCGCUCUUCAUGAAGCACAUCUAUCUGGGCUGCUGGGGACGGAUAACGCUUUACAAGUACAUUUCGAUCUGGUUGCUAGCGGAAGGUGCUGCCGUUAUUUAUGGUCUUACGUACAUCGAUGCAAAACCUGGCGAACGAGAGUACUGUUCGGAUGAGCUGUCCGGGUGUAGCAACAUUAAGGUGGGCGUGUUCGAAAACACGAGCAAGUACGGCCAUUACGUCGAAUCGUUUAACGUGCAGACGAAUACGUGGGUCGCUAACUAUGUGUACAAGCGUUUGCGCUUCCUUAACAAUCGUAUGCUGUCGCAUCUGGGUGCGCUGUUCUUCCUUGCGAUCUGGCACGGGUUCCACAGCGGAUACUACAUUACAUUCCUGCUCGAGUUUAUGGUCAUCCGGAUGGAGAAGGAGGUGGAACCAAUUUUCGCGAGAAGCGAAAAGCUACAGCAACUUCUACAACAGCAACCACUCCUCCGGGCGCUCGUCUUCGUCGGCCUCAAGUAUUACACGAUCGUGUGGGCCGGCUGGUGUCUGGUGCCGUUCGUCUUUCUGAGCUUCCACAAAUGGUGGCACAUCUACACGGUGGUACGCUUUUCCGGCUUCAUCCUCUUCAUCAGUGGCAACAUCUUCCUGGCUCCACUGCUGCGAGCCAUCCUGCCCCGAUCCUCCUCCUCUUCUUCCUCCACCACAGAAAAGCCGGCCCAACCCGGUACAUCAACAAAGGAAGCAAAGAAAGACAAUUAA